CGUGUUCCACGGGCUACGCCGAUCUAUCCCAGUCGACACUGGCCCUGGAUUCGUUUUGCUGGUAAUCAAUCUAUCCAACCGUUCACCAUCAGGCUCUCGCAUUUUCCAGUCAAUGAAACUUCGGCUACACUGCCAGUCUUCAUUUCUGAGCCUGCUUCUAUCGUUUGUAUCGUGGUGCACACUAACGAUACAAGGCUCGACGCUCGGGCAACGUGAUUUCAUCCAGUUGACCUCGGAACAAAUUUUGGCUCUUGCAACCGCAACGGACCCAGUCGCAAAUGUAGACACCAACAAUCCCGCUUCUCAUCUUUCGAAGAUCCUCAUACCGCGCGCUGUGGGUAGUGACAACAUAACCCUCGUUCGUGAAUAUAUCGUGUCCACUUUGAAGGUUUUGGAUUGGUACAUUGAAGAAGACACCUUUACCGACAACACUCCCUAUGGCCCCCGUUCUUUCACCAACAUCAUUGCGACGAAAGACCCAACCGCCUCGCGCCGUGUCAUAUUGUCUGCGCACUAUGACAGUAAAUUUUUCCCCAACUACCCAUAUAAUCAGUUUGUAGGUGCGACAGAUUCCGCAGCACCAUGCGCAAUGAUGCUCGACCUAGCAGAGACUUUGAACCCCCUUCUUGACCAACGUAAACAACGUCUCGAGGACGGAUAUGAUGAUGAAGAUGAAGAUGUGGCAGACACAACCCUCCAACUUGUGUUCUUUGACGGCGAGGAGGCCUUCAAAGAUUGGACUGACACAGACUCUGUUUAUGGGGCUAGACAUCUCGCAAGCAAAUGGUCAACAACUUAUAUAGCACCUAAUUCUAAACGACGGUUGCUUGGGCACGCAAGUUUGACGGAGUUAUCGACUAUAGAGCACAUCAUCCUCCUCGACCUUCUCGGCGCCCCAAACCCAACAAUACGAUCCUAUUUCAUCGACACAGCUUGGUUAUUUGAUGCCAUGGUUUCUGCAGAAACUCGGCUCAAGGAUGCUGGUGCUCUUGAUGGAACUGAAACAUCUACGAACUUUCGCAGUUUCUUCUUGCCUCGAACGGGUUCUGGGAGUCAAUAUAAUUAUGGGUACAUCGGAGAUGAUCACGUACCCUUUCAACAGAAAGGUGUCAACAUUCUUCAUGUCAUCGCAUAUCCAUUCCCGCCUGUCUGGCACACUCUUCGCGAUGAUGCAUCAGCACUUGACGUAUUAACUAUGCGCCGAUGGAACAUGAUACUACGUGUGUUCAUGUCCGAAUAUCUGAAUCUUCGGCCCGAGAUAUUACAACCAUCCCCCACGCACGAUCAUCUACAACGUUCUGCCAGUGAAUUGUGACCUGGUUAUAGAAAUGGGUUGAUGGACCAAGACAAGAUAACUUGAUUCAUUGAUGCAAGGCAAUGACACAAACAUGUGCGAAUUGCGAAGAGGGAACACAAACUGAAAAUGUAAGCGAAAA